GAGUUGUGUUGAAUGUUUUGAAUGAAUGCUUUGCUGUUUUGGUCUGGUGAGUGAAUAACAUGCAUUACCAAAUUAUGUCUUGUGCAUUCAGAGAGAGAGAGCGAGAGAGCGAGAGGGAGAGAGGGAGAGAGGGAGAGAUGGAGGGAGAGGGAGAGGGAGAGAGAGACUGGUGUGUAAGUGGGAGGAGGCUCAAACAGAUCAUCACAAAAGCAUAGCUCCACCCUCUGUGAGGAGACUCCACCCAGCGAUGUGGUUAUAUUAUCCAAAGUGUGCAGUGCUUCCAGUCCAUCUUAGCAGCAAGCAGCCCUCUCGUAGCACGCUGCAGCUGUGAUGCCAUCUGAAUGAGCUUGUUCAUUUACAACAGCUCCACACAGUCAGUCACACCAGACCAGCUGCCUCCACCUUACAGCCACUCUUUACCAGUCUGGGGAGGCCUUACUCCCUCACAUACUAGUGUGACUCUCCCCGCCCUGGGGGGACUGUUCGGAUCUCUCCCGGCUGGGAAUUAAAGACGUGCCUGGGCCAUUUCCAAAAAGGAGGAGAAUGAAGUUUGAUGACGUCCUGAAAGAGAUCGGGGGCUUUGGCAGGUUCCAGAAAACCCUGUAUAUCUGGAUCUGCCUGCCACAGAUCCUGCUGGCGUUCCACAUGUUUGUGUCCAUUUUUACUAGCGCCGUGCCCCCUCACCUGUGCCUCUCCACGUGGCCCCCGCCCGCCGGCCAGGAGCCCAACUUCAACUUCAGCCAGGUGGAGCUGUCGUGCUCAGCAGGGGGAUCUGCUCAGGCCCAUCCCAGCAACAGCAGCACUCGGGCUGUCAGCGAGGGCUUGGGUGUGGGGGGCUGCCAGGGAGGCUGGGAGUACAGCAAGGAGAUCUUCCACAGUACGGUGGUCACUGAGUGGGAUCUGGUUUGUGAAAAUGCCACCUUGAACAACAUUGGAUCCUCUAUCUAUAUGUUUGGUCUGUUGGUUGGUGCUGUGCUUUUUGGCGCUUUGUCAGAUAAGUACGGUAGACGCACCAUCAUCCUGGUCGGAUUGGCCCUGCAGGUGGUGUUUGGAGUUGGAGCAGCUUUUGCCCCAACUUUCUCCAUCUAUAUCAUGCUGCGCUUUGUGGUCGGGACCACUAUCUCUGCUGUUAUCAUGAACGCAUUCGUAUUAGGCACUGAGUGGACUGGGCUGAAGCACCGCAUGUUGGCUGGCAUCAUCACCGACUACUUCUUUGGGUUUGGGUAUAUUCUGCUGGCGGGGGUUGCAUAUUUGAUCCGGGACUGGCGGCACCUUCAGCUGGCCAUCUCUGCUCCUGGCUUCCUCUUCAUCUUUUACAUCUGGGUUCUUCCAAAGUCAGCUCGCUGGUUGAUGGCGAACCAGAAGAAUGAGGAGGCCUUGGACCUGAUCCGGAAAGCAGCUCUUGUCAAUGGAAAUCCACUAAGAGAUGACAUUGAGCUUCAACAGGAUCACAAAAGUGCCAAGACAGUUAAGAAGCAAAGAAAACACACUGUUAUCGAUCUGGUCCGCACCCCAAAAAUGAGAAGGCAGUCUCUCAUUGUUUUCUACCUGUGGUUCGUCAAUGUGCUCGUUUAUUACGGCCUGUCUUUGAACAUCUCCGACUUUGGGAUCAACAUCUACCUCACUCAGUUCAUCUUCGGCCUGGUGGAAAUGCCGGCGCGAACCAUCACACUCUUCACCCUAAACCGCUCCCGGCAGAUAUCUCAGCUGGCCUUCCUCACCGUCGGAGGCCUGGCCUGUCUGCUCACCAUCUUCAUCCCUGAUGGUGAGAGUCUCUCUGGUGCAUCGCACACGUGACCUCCGACCCCGUGGCUCUAAAUGAGACGCUUGUGUUGCCGUGUGAAUUCCUCUGAGGCCUUGGGGACUUGUUUUGUUUGCUGAGCUAAUGAGUGCAGCUCUUGGUGAUGUAAUCUUUGCUCAAUUUUAUAGAAGGGUUUAUGAAGAUUUG